UCUCGCGGCCCGAGUUGGCGGGCUUAGUCGCUCCGGCAGAAAAACGCGGGAAAUCAGUUCAGUGAAGUGACUCUUUAUAAGUAAAUUAAUUUUAGUGAAUUAAAUUAAAUAAUCAAACACACCAAAAUGUCACCAAAAAUAAAAGAAGAAUGCGAGAGCGAAGCCCUAAAAUCAGAUGCCGAAGGGGACCCAGAAGCCAAAGAUGGGGGCGAAGGAGCUUUAGAAGCCAAAAUGUCCCUUAUGAACGGCAUCACAGUUAUAGUGGGAUCUAUCAUCGGCAGUGGCAUCUUUGUAUCACCUACAGGAGUACUCAAGUAUACGGGAUCAGUUAACGCUAGUCUGCUGGUGUGGGUAGCUUCUGGAGUUUUUAGUAUGGUAGGAGCCUACUGUUACGCGGAGCUGGGCACCAUGAUUCGGCUGAGCGGUGCUGAUUACGCGUAUAUCAUGGAGACGUUUGGUCCUUUCGCAGCUUUCAUCAGGCUUUGGAUAGAGUGCAUGAUUGUGAGGCCUUGUUCUCAGGCCAUAGUAGCACUAACCUUCAGCGUGUACGUGCUGAAGCCUAUCUUCCCUGAGUGUGACCCACCUGAAGACGCUACCAGGCUACUAGCAGCCUGCUGUAUACUGCUGCUAACCUUCGUGAACUGCUGGUCAGUGCGUGCUGCGACGAGGGUACAGGACUGGUUCACUUAUGCCAAGCUGCUGGCGCUCUUCAUCAUCAUUGCUGCUGGCAUCUAUCAACUUUGCAGAGGUGAGGUGCAGCACUUUACGUUUGAGGGAACAACCAAUGACGUCACAUCCAUCGCGCUGUCAUUCUACUCGGGACUUUUCGCUUAUAACGGAUGGAACUACCUGAACUUUAUAAUCGAAGAGUUGAAGGAUCCAGUACGUAAUCUGCCGCGGGCCAUCGCCAUCUCCUGCACUCUCGUCACCGUCGUAUAUACUUUUACCAACGUCGCCUUCUACACCACGCUGUCGCCUACUGAAGUUUUGGGUUCAGCAGCAGUAGCAGUGACAUUCGCGGAGCGUCUGUUCGGCUGGUUCGCUCUCUCCAUCCCGCUGUUCGUGGCAGCUUCCACCUUCGGAGCUGUUAAUGGCGUACUGCUUACAUCGUCCAGACUGUUCUACGCGGGAGCAGCUCAGGGUCAGAUGCCGGAGAUGUUGACCAUGGUGUCUUCCCGCGCCACUCCUGCUGCUGCAGUGCUGGCCGUGGCACUCCUGAGUCUCGUCUACCUCACCGUGUCGGAUAUCUAUGCGCUGAUCAAUUAUGUUGGGUUCGCUACUUGGCUGAGUAUCGGUGCAGCAGUUCUGUGCUUACCCGUGCUGAGGUACACACGACCAAACCUGGAACGACCCAUCAAAGUCAAUCUAUUCUUCCCUGUGAUCUACAUAAUCUGCACGAUCCUGGUGGUGGCAUUCCCGGCCUUCGCGUCUCCCGCGGAGACCGGAGUCGGCUGCCUCAUGAUCCUCACGGCUGUACCGGUCUACCUGCUGCUGCUGCAUCCCAGGACCAGGAUCAAGUGCCUCGGCUCUAUCACCAAUGUUGCAACUCUCCUGGUACAAAAGUUGACGUUAUCGGCGAGACCCAAAAUAAAGUGAACGCCCUAAUUGACAACUGCAUCCGACAACAUAUCCGACCACAUCGGUAAGGACGGUUACUCUGGUCCGUUUUACUUAUAAAACAAUGAAAUAAAAGACAUACAAUUCGACCAAAAUACCUUGUACUAUUAGUUAACUACAUAUUUAUAUGUAGUCACCUAAAAUUAUUAUAUUAUUUAAAGCAAUAUCUAUCUGAACUUGGCUCUUCACUACCGUGCUCCCAUUUAUGUCAAAGUACUAGUUUUAUAGAGUAAAAUGGACAAGGAUAAUCGUGCUUUUUAUAUGUAUUUAAAAUUAAAAUAAAGCUGUUAUACCAUUCACUGUAUAAUAUAAAGGCACAGGCCUAAAAAGGCCGCUUACAUAUUUGCGAUUAUUUUGUAUUUAAAGGUUUUUUCAUGCGAUUAAUCGCAAAUAUGGGAGUCGUUUACUUGUUGUAUGUUUUAAAUACAAUUAAAUGUACUCAAUUACCAAAUAUGUAAGUAGUUUAUAUGUUAUAGGAUAUAUAAUAACGACCAGUAUAUCUUAGAACUAUGACAUUCUAUUAUCUGGAAUGUGUACUGUAGCGCGUGGUGCGCUAGGAACCGGGGAUCUUCAGGAUAUUAAAUUAAAACAUUCAAUAAUAACUUUAACUUUGCGUUUAUUCGCUGACUCGGGGGUGAAGUGACAUACUUCAA